AUGGCCCCGCGUCGGCGCUCGUCGCCGCCCGCGACCGUGCUCCGCUCCGCCCCGCGCAUCUUCGCCAUGGGACGCCGAGUGCCCGCCGCGUCGCCUCGGGUCCGUCUCGACGGGCGCUGCGCCCGCUGCUCGCACGCCCACUCGGGUCGUCGCCCGUUCGGGUGGCGCCCGCCGGCCCAGUCGAACACCGGCCCAGCCGGGCCUCCUUAUCCAUCCCCCCCACCCCCGAAACCCUACCCACGACCCCCACUCUCCCUCGCCCCCUCCCCCACGUUCGCUCCCCUCUCCCCCGAUCUGGAUCGGGAUCGGGGGGAGGCCACCGACGCGCCGCCGCUUCCCUGGCGCCACCCCACCACCGAGGCCUCGCCUCCUCCCGGAGCCCCCUUCGUCGUGACGCCCUCCCGCCUCUGCACCAACCCGGCGAACGCCGCCCCGUCGCCCACGGAUCCCGUCACCGUCGCUUGGAACGCCCCUCGCCGGAAGCGUCCUCGCCGGAUCUCCUCCUCUUCUCCGUCGGUCGUCCCCGUCCUCCUCCACAACGGCUACCUCGAGCCUCGCCGCCCCCCUGGUCUCUACUCAAACAUGCUGGAGUCCAGGAGCCAGACGCCACCGUCGAUGAUGACCCCUACUACACCGGAGGUGCCUACUACUACGUGCUGCCCGCUGACGACGACCUGGAGUAGUUAGGAGGAUCCCAGG